AUCUUUAUAAAGAGGAAGGUUAGGUUAGGUUAGGUUAGGUUAGACGAACUCAGCCCCAGUACGAGAGCAAUUUAGAGUUUUUAUAUAUAUAUAUCUCUUUCACAAGCUUUACGUGUUUUAUAUUAAAAAGACCCAGGAGACAAUUCAUCUCGUCAUCUACACAAUUCCCAAGUAUUCGUCUAACAGGAAGAACAUCAUCAAAAUACACAAACUGGCUGAUGAAAAAGCGAAUCAAGGCAUACAUGCCAUCCCUUCCCGCGCAUUCACAGCAAUACAUCUCGUAUUCAACACCACUGUACUGAGCUGAGUUGAGUUGUUGGUUGGGAGUGUUGCCUUUGAAGCGGCACUCAUGCACUGGCGUGUCCCUUCUCACUGUCUGGGUGUUCUAUUUUCUUCUUUCUCUUUCCUUUUCAUUUAUUACCCCAAAUUUACGCACUGUUCUCUUAGCAUCCUCAAUCUAUUCAUUUUUCAAACAGGUAUGUCCUUAUGAUGCCCCUUUCUUCUUGUUUUUCUUCCUUCUCCCUUCGCCAGACACAGUGUACGAAGGCUGGUCUGGUGUUCUGAUCGACUCCCAGCACGUGAGCGGUACAUUCGACUGCACGUUCCACCUUUACCAGUAUCCGUUCGACUCCCAGCGCUGCUCCGUUAAGAUGCGCUUCGGCCGCGACCUCGGGAACCAGCUAGUGGUGGAGGACGGGGACGCUGAGGUGCAGUAUUUAGGGGCCGCCAUCCUGCCCUCCCACAGGCUACAUAACUUCACCAUCAAGAGGGUAGACGGGCAGCAAGGCAUCACGUUAGCGGUCUUCUUCAACCUGGAGCGGCGCCCUAGAGUGUUAGUGAUCAAGCUGUUCAUCCCGUCCCUCAUGCUGGUGUCUGUGGGUUACGUGACGCUCUACAUACCCAGGAAACUGCUGCAGGCUCGUCUCAUCGUCAGCCUCACCACCAAGCUCGUCCUGUACACGCUCUUCAACCAGGCCUCGUCUACGCUGCCGAUUACAGCUUACAUUAAACUCAUCGACAUCUGGUUCUUCUUCUGUAUCUGCACUUUACUGAGCAUCAUUCUCGUGCACGUGUUAGUCGAGCAUUUGCCGGAGGAGGCUGGGCAGGGCGGCAAAGUGGUGCAGAUCCCCCCAUCAGCCGCUGCAGUGAGGAUAGUGAACGCUGUAGGAGGCGCUGAAGGAGGGAAGAAGGAUAACCUGAAUUUUAGCCUAAGGACACAUCGGGCGGGGAUCUGGUGCCUCACAGCUGACAGGGCGCUGAAGAUAAUGAGGUAUUGCAUUGUACCUAUUGCCACAACCAUCUUCCUCGCCUUCUACUGGAUUGCGAUCAUGGACAAUUAAGAGCUGAGAGGAAGGGUAGGGAAGGGAAGAUAAAGGAGAGGAAGGUAAAGAACAGGAGAGAAAUAUGCUAGGUGAGGGACAGGUGAGGCAGGAGAGAGAGGGCUAAGAGACAGGUAAAACGGGUAAGUGUGAAGAGGAGCGUGAAAUUAUUUAAUAGACUGUACAUCAUGGCAUACAGAAUAUAUAUAUGCAGAUGUAUUCCUGAGUUAUUGUUUGUUCCUCGAAGUGUAUCUCUCUCUCUCUCUCUCUCUCUCUCUCUCUCUCUCUCUCUCUCUCUCUCUCUCUCUCUCUCUCUCUCCCGCAGCGUGUUGUUGUGUCGCCUUCAGUCCAUUAGUCAGUCAAUCUCUCUGUGUAUGUGUGUUUGUAUGUAUGUCUGUCUCUGAAUGGAUGGCUGAAUGGCUGGAUGGACGCAUAUGUGUCUGUCUGUCUGUAUAUAUGAAUGUCUCUCUCUCUCUCUCUCUCUCUCUCUCUCUCUCUCUCUCUCUCUCUCUCUCUCUCUCUCUCUC